AGGAAGUUUAUAGUUAGGUGUCGUUUCUCUGUCUGCGAGUCAAGUUUUUCACAUUCAAACAAAAACAGCCGACAAUAUGGCAAGUAGCAGAUCCGUACGACGUGCCCAGGAACCCGUUACCUACACGUGUGCUUUGUGUGCCAGUGAAGACCGGGUACGAUGGUAUUGUAACGACUGCCAGGAUAAUGUAUGUGACCGGUGUAAGGAAGCCCAUUCGCGCGGUAAGAAAACCAAACACGACGAGGUGGUAUUGAUAGGAGAGGCUAACCGUCAGGGUGACAAGCCUGUACCAGAGGUAUGUAAACUACACCCCGGUAAACUGUGUGACGUGUACUGUUGUGAUUGUGACAUACUGAUGUGUUUGAUGUGUUUUUCCCAGACACACAAACAACACAACUGGAAACAUUUUGAAGACGAAUUUCAAAUCAAAAAGCAACAUUUGCAAGAACAUAUGACAGCAAUAUCUGCUAGAAUUGCACACUUCAAGAACAAGACGUCGAAGCAUGGUAACAAAACAUUCAAAGUUAACAUUGAUACAAUGAGAAAAGACGUUAACACACAACGGGCAAUGAUAAAGUCAGAAAUAGAUUCUAUCGCGGAUGCAGUCCUGGCCGAGUUAUCGUCCCUGGAAAAGGAAGAAGCAGUAUUGCAUCAAAAAGAUUGUCAAAAAUUGGAGAAAAAUGUCAGAGAGUUGACAAGUCUGUUUGAAAAAGCGGAAAUGACGGAUACAACGAGUACAUUUGAAAUGGAAAGGUCAUUGACGACAACUCUACCAUUGUAUGAUGUUAAUGUGAAGGAUGUUCUACCGAAACUACCAAGCUUUGUUACCGGAAGUAUCGACCGCGUCCUGUUGACGAAAAUGUUAGGUGAAUUACACCACGGGAACCAGUACGAGAAGACAGAAAUCGACAGUAAACACGUUCAACGUCUCUCUAAGUUUACUGUUACUCAGCAAAAUAGAAUAAUCUGUACAUGUCCCGUCGACGACAGCCACGCGUGGUUAUCAAUAUACCACCACCAGGGUCUGGUACUGGUCAACAGGGAGGGUAUGGUCAUAGAGACAGUAAAACUGGACUUCCGUCCGUACAUGAUCGCCAUGGUCGGGACAACAGACAUACUUAUGACCAGUCAUAACCAUAGCACAUUUGUAAAUAAACUAUCACUACACAACAAACAAGUGACAACAUUUGCUGACAUUAGACCACAUAACGCAUGUGAUAUCAGUAUAAACGAGAGGGACGAGGUGGUUGUUAGUACAACUACACCAGACAUGGUGGUACUGAAUCAGGCAGGUACGAUUGUGAGGAAGGUGACGUGUGGAAUGGUUGGGCGGUUUAUUACAUGUUUGUCGUCAGGAGACAUUGCAGUGUCGGACGCUGUUAAUGUAUUAAUCAUAACAGACAGAUCUGGUACAAACAAAUAUAAAUGGUCUGGUGAACUCAACAACGGUCAAAAGGUUGGUAGUAGGACACCCUAUAAGUUGUCAUGUGACAAGUACGACAGACUGUUUGUACCAGAUGUCACUAAAAAUCAGGUGUAUGUCCUACCGAGAGAUAGUACACAGGCCACGUGUCUCCUGGACCAGAAACAUGGAGUGAUCAGCCCUACAGCAGUGGGUGUAGACACGUGUGGGAACGUGUGGAUCGGGUGUUGGAACGGUACCGUACACGUGAUGCGACUGUGGAGUUAGAACUUUUCUGUCAUAACCACGAAUUUCUGGACAAUCCCUUAAUUUUACCUGUACUUAACAUUUAUAUAGAAUUAUAUGUAUCAUUAUAAUGGGAAAAGUAAAUAAAAAACCCAUCAGAACGCUUGCAUCUGGAAGAUUUGUUUUCAGAAUAAGUAAAGUGUGCUGAAAAAAAUAUCUUCCCAGAUUUCUACGAUUUGCCCGUGUCAACUCACACAUUCCUUAGUUUUUUUUUCCAUUUAUCCUCUAUAAAACAAUUAAGUAUUUUACUUACAUCAAUAUCAUUUAACUUAGAGGGUUGAUUUUUG